CAGAGAUGUCCAGAGUGGCAAAGCUUGCCGCAAAGCCCCAACCUCCGGGGAUUUCUACACACCGCGUUUGCUUCAGGCUCCAACAAUAUAAGCGCUAAAUGUACCGAACCGACCCUCGUCGUGGAAGCAAAGACAGCUACGGUAUCGGCAAACUGUAAAACUCAAUAAAUACAUGACCACAUAGCUAAGCUUUUGGGUCAAAUAGUUUAACCCUUCAUCUGCCGCAGGGGAGUGCAGUCGAAACGGUGUUGUUUUGGGGGAAAAUGCGUGAAGGUUUUUGCGUUCUUUUCGAUGCGGUCCGGACUGUAGCCGACUGGCUCGUCGCAGCUAGCUCGGUCCAGCCGCGUUGAUGCCGCAGCAGCUUGCGGUCUUCACAUCCAGCUCCACCAUCACGGGAUCAGGAAGACAAAAGGUGAGGUACACGCCGCUCUGCUCUCCCGGAAAGAAGAAAUAAGCCGCUGAACGAGAUUCUGCGCCCGCUUGUGCUUCACUAGCGUCCCAGUGAAGAAUCAGGCUGCAGAGCGAAGUCACAGUCUGCAGGCAGCUGCAUCAGGAUGGCGGCCGUGGUCAACUACUCUCCACCUUGGUGGGUGAAUCUGCUUCACCGGUUACCUCACUUUAACCUGGAAUUUCAAAUGGUGAGCAGUGACUUCAGACCAGAGGACUCAGAGUAUCAGAAGUCUAUUUUGCUCAUCGGUGCUAUGGCCGUGCUGUGUUUGGGCCUGGACCUCAUUUUCCUCCUCAUCUACUCCUUCUGGCUUUGCUGUCGGAGAUGCAAGAAGGAAGACUCCUCACACUCCCAUUCUCACUCCCAGCCGCCCAGUGCUGACUGCUGCUGCACUGCUUGGUGCGUCAUCAUCGCCACGCUCGUCUGCAGUGCUGGAAUCGCUGUUGGAUUCUAUGGAAAUGGGGAGUCAAGUGAUGGAGCCAGUCGCCUGGCUUACUCCCUUCGCCAUGCCAACCGCACUGUUUCUGGAGUGGAGAAACUGGUGUCAGACAAUACCCUAGCCUUAAACCAGACAGUGGAGGAGAACUUGGCCCAGUUAGAGACAACAUUCCAGGAUCAGACGGACUAUGUGGCCAUCAUCCAGAAGCUGCAAGGACAGCUGGACGAGCUGGUGAGGCUGAUAGUGGACGUCCCCUUCUGGUCCAACACAGACAUCUCGCUGGAAGACUUAGCCCAAAAAACUGAGGCCUUUGACUUUUACAGGUGGUUGGGUUACCUUGGUCUGCUGCUGUUUGAUGUUCUCAUUUGUCUGCUGGUGCUCUUUGGGCUCAUUCGCAACUCUCGGGGUACUCUGAUUGGAGUAUGCUUCCUUGGGGUUUUGACUCUGAUAAUCAGCUGGGGUUCUCUGGGUCUUGAGCUGGGUGUCGCUGCUUCGGCCAGUGACUUCUGCAUCUCUCCAGAUUCCUACAUAACCAGUGUAACCAAAGACAAUGCAGUCAUCGAUCAAGAUAUCCUGCAGUACUACCUGAGGUGCAGCUCUGGAAAAGUGAACCCGUUCCAGCAGAGGCUGUCAGGGAGUCACAAAGCUUUGGUGGAGAUGCAGGAUGAUGUGGCAGAACUACUGAGAUCAGCAACACGUGAUUAUGCCACUGCCAAGGAGAGUCUGGAGCAAAUCCAAUCGGUUCUUAACUCUACUGAGGUUGGUCUCCACCAGCUGACCGCCCUGGUUGACUGUCGCAGCCUACACAUGGACUAUGUCCAGGCCUUGACUGGGCUGUGCUAUGAUGGAGUAGAAGGUCUUAUCUACCUGGUUCUGUUCUCCUUUGUCACCGCUCUGAUGUUCUCUUCUAUUGUGUGCAGUGUGCCACAUACCUGGCCAAGGAAGAGGAUGGAUGACGAGGACGGAGAAGACGAGUCGGGUGCCUCUCGCGGUGUGCACGAUAACCUGUACCGUGUUCACAUGCCCAGUCUCUACAGCUGUGGCUCCAGCUAUGGCAGCGAAGCUAGCCUGCCUGCCACAGCCCACACUGUCAGCAAUGCCCCCGUCACUGAAUACAUGAGCCAGAACGCAAACUUUCAGAACCCCCGGUGUGAGAACACCCCCCUGAUUGGCAGGGAGUCCCCUCCACCCUCUUACACCUCCAGUAUGAGAGCGAAAUACCUAGCCACCAACCGACCAGAGCAGAACCGCCGCUCUGUUCCCAAUGAUCAACUGGAUCCGGCCAGUCGGCCUAACCCCGCUGCCCGGCCUCAGUCCUCAGUCCACUAGAGACCAGUUCAACACAGCACUGCCUCAGCCAUGUUCUCACAGCCAACAGCUCUCUCAGGACGGAGCUCAGCAGGAUCCCACCGAAUCUGUUUAAGAUGAAGCCAGAAGCCACACAGGGGGUCUGAGCGGCUCACCGUUUGUCCUCUUCCUAGUGGAUCCGGCUUUCAGCGGCUCGUCCAGCUCGCCCUCUCUCUGCCGUUCCUCCUCCUCUUCCUCUGAUAUCUCCUCCUGGGACGUAUCUGAUCAAUCCCCCCAGCUCCAAGACGCUUUUCCAUUGAAACUUCUUACAGCCAGACACGCACACACACACAUGCACAAAUACACACAUUGUAUAGAGCUGUAAAUAGUGCAACAUGCGCUUUAUUCUGGUUUCAUGAAGAGUAGACUGUUUAAUGCUUCCUGGUUAUGUAGUGUGUUGUGUGUUCAUCAUGGAAACUCUUCACUGUACCAUUUACACAAACACACACGCACACACACACACACACACACACACUAACUAAAUGCUCAUGUCUGUAAAUAACAAGUCAGUGACUCAGAACGCUGUGACAGUAGGUAGGAACUGAGCUGAGCCACAUUCACAUUCCCUUUUCGACUCGUCUUUUAAGGCUCGGAUCGUCGUGUCCACCGUCAUUGUGUUUACGUGCAUGUACAGCACACACACACAAACACACACACACACACACACACACACACACACCAGUUAAUGCAUUCUGAAGUAAUUGAGCCAAGAGUUCUGUUGUACAACACACACAUUUAUCUGGGAAGUGGGAGCUGUGGAGCACGGAUUAAAAAAAAGGCUCAACUUGUGCCAAAUAAACUGACUAAUGAAAAUAAAGGAUGCCUGAUACUGUUCUCAUCUCCUACUGCCUCAGGAUGACUCAUAACAGAAAAAUGAAAUGUGUAAGGAGCGUUUUUUUUUUUGUUGUUUGUUUGUUUGUUUUUGGGGGUUUUUGUGUAGCUGGCAGCGAUAAGGGAAUAGGACAAAUAUUUGAAAAGGGAAUCAGCCGACUCUAUUUGCAAUUUAAAGCCUAUUGGGUGCUAUGUGAAGCUGUCAGAAGGUCAGGCUGGAGAGGGAGAAUAAAAAUGUUUGUUUUUUCCCUUCAGGAUUGUGCUGAGGGACAUGCAGUGCCUCAGUGUUAUUCAUACACCUUGAAGUUUCUCCUCUUUUCCCCCAUCAGAACCACAAACAUCAAUUUAUUUUGUCGAAAUUUUAUUUGACAGACCACCAAAAAGCAGAUAGUUGUAAAGUGGAGGGAUAUUUUUUUCUGAUUAAAAAUUCUAAAACGAUGUUAUUGAAGCACUUUUAGUUGCCAUGGCAACUACAGACCCACCAGGGCCUGCUUCUUUCAGUUUCUGGAGGCUCAAAAUUAAAAAAGCUCCAUCUCAGUCAGAUGAGAUAGAGAGCAUCCAGCAAGUUUGACCACAGACCAGCGUGAUUGUCUGGACUUUGACUGGGACACUUUAUCACACAAUAAUGCUUUGGUGAACUUCCACCUCAAUUUGGAGUCUUUGGAGGUUUCUGAACAAAAGUGUCCCCCACAGCAUAAAACCACCACAUAAUAUUUAACAGUGAGUAUGUAAAGGAUGACAUGAUUUUGUCUCAUAUUUUACUUUGCAUUUAGACUAGAAUGUUGACUUUAAUUCUUUUCUGACAAUAGCACUUUCUGCCUGUCGUUUUGGUCGCCUCCGACAUGUCUUGUCAUUUUCAUGAUGCUGUCCAUUAAGCUCCUUUUCCAAACCUCUGAGGACUCCACAGGAAAUUCAUAAUGAGUUUAAAUGACUCUUUUUACUAAAAAGUAGACUUCUGAAAGUACUUGGUUCCACUGGAUGUCGAAGUGAAAGAGGAUUAAAUACAGACAAGGGCUCCAUCCUUUACUUAUCAAAAAUAAAUAAAUAAAAGUAAAGUAUUCAUUCAUCAGUACCGUUUGUCUGCCACAUGAAGCUCCAAUAAAAUACAUUGAGGUUGUGGUUGAACAUAUUCAUAAAACAAAUUUCUGUUGUCCCUGAAUGGUAAUUGGGUCACAGAAAAUAGUGUUACUUAAAAUCACUAACUCAUUAUCUGGUGAUUUUUUGGUUUUGUUCGUUUUGCUCAUGUAGGAUGUGAUACUGUGACCAAGAAUAGCUGUCAUUUUCUUCUUUUAUAUUCCCGAACCUUUUCUGUUUGAGUUUUUUUCAGCUGUUAAUCUUGCCUUGCACCAUUGGGAUAAUGGUUUUGAGUUUCUUUUUUUUUUUUUACUCAAGCACAAGUUCUGCGGGAGAUGACUCAAAGAGCUGAAGAAUUAAAACUCACUGCCUGUGACGGGACACUGCCACGUGGCUUUUCCGCCUGCCCUAAAACUGUACAGUGUAAAUGAACAAACUGCAGUUGUGAACCCGUGUGUGUGGCAUCUCUGCAGCGUGACUGGCUAAUGUUCUGUCAGUGUUGGUCGAUCGAUGCGUCUGGGCUGCCUGAGUAGCCUGAGUCACAUCCAUAUCACGGCGGCACACACACGGUGUGGCAUGAUUCUGAUUCUUGUACAUGCCUUAUGGGUGUUGGGGCUUUGUUUAAAAUCUCUCUUUCCAUCAUUUAGUCCUGUUUACAUCAAGAGCUGGGGCAACGCUACAAUCUCCUCACACUGAUUUGCAUUAUAGGUGACACAGUACAGACACAUCUUCUCACCCACUGUUUGUACAGAAGAUUUUAAUAUUGUCUGCUUAACUUAAACAAUGGCCACCUCUCGUAGUAGCGAGACAAUCUCACACGUGUGGUUCUACUAGGAAGAAAAAAUGUCUGUGUUACGAUGCUACCUAUGUUCUAAGACUUAACCGUGUUUUCUUGCACCAUUAAAGCAAACAAUGUUAAGAUCUGUGGGACAAGUCACUGCUGAGUGGCCUUUCAUAUUUAUAAACUCUUAAAAAAACGUCAUACCACUUUGCUUUUUUUAAUUUCCUCUGUCUUUUAAAAGAAGACUUUAAAGAUGAAUAAUGACUAGCUAGUUUUUUUUGUUUUUGGAGGAUAAGGAGAAAACAUUAAUGAUGAAUGACUCUCUGUAUUGCAAUGCUUUAACAAGACUAUUUCAGUGUUGUCUAUUCUCCUGAAUCCUGAGUUGUAUCUGACAUUGUGUGCUGUAGGAUAAAGUGUAAAAAACAGUAAUUUGUGUGUGUGUGCGCGCAUGUGCGUGUGUAGGGGUGUGUGUGCGUGUGUGUGUGUGUGUGAAUGAGAGAGAGAGAGAUGCCUACAGGACUUCAUAUACCUGUGUGCAGAUGUGACAGUGUUUUCUAUUGGUGUUUUUAUUUUCUGAUGGUUUUAACUGAUAUUAACAAUUUACAUGUCAAAACUGUGGUAAUGAUUCAGCCUGAAAUAAGUGUUAAAAAAUGAAAUUAAACAUGUUUAACGUACA